AUGCAAGUUUACUUCACGCUUGUGAAGAAACUGAACAAAUAUACAUGGAGUAUCCAGAAAUACCGAAUGAACGAAUCUCCGGGAGUCGGAACGACAUUCGCAAAUGCUUGUGACGAAGCUCAAAUGGUCAACAUAUGCUGUUUAUGUGGUAAAACAUUCACCAGUCCUAGUUUAUUGCACAAACAUUUCGAGUUGAUGCAUGAAGGUACCGAAAUCGAUUCUGAACAGUACGACUUAAGCGGCCUCACUGGAGAAAGUACAAGUUCCAACGGCGGUGCUGAUGGCUUCCGCGUCCUAAAUUGUGCAUUUUGCAACAAGGUGUUCACAAAGAAUUGUAAUUUGUCUGCCCACAUCAAAACCGUCCACAAAGGUGUCAAACCUUUUGAAUGCGUGCUGUGCUACAAAGGUUUCACCAGGAACUCAGACCUCCACAAGCACAUUGAUGCUGUACAUAAAGGCCUCAAACCCUUUGGAUGCAAACUUUGCCGUAAGACUUUCUCCCAGAAAUCGAGCCUAAGGCGUCAUAUUGAAGCGAUUCACGAAGGUC